AAAAAUCUUCCGUCUCAUUAUCUCCUGUUUCAAAAUGGCAUGGUACUCCACCUGGUGGUACUAUAUACUAGGGGAGAUAACUUCAUAUGGUCUGAUAAAAUAGUUUUUAAUCCUGCGGUACAGACACCUUGGUUUCAUCUGAAUAGAGCAUCUUAUGGUCAGCAUGCUAAUGUUUAUGAUAGUUUUGAAACAAGAGUGAUAGAAAUAGACAAAAUUCCAAUCACAGUGCCAAAAAACAUUUUACAAUUUGUAACAGAAUCAAACAAAACAUUUUUAGAGUGUAAUUAUAGUCAGGCUGAACAGUUUUAUAAAAAAUAUCCCAAAGAUACAAAGCCACAAGCUCUUCAUUUUCAAAAGAAAGGGAGGCAACUCUUAGCUAAAGCAAAGGAAAUUCUUGAUGCCAUGAACAUUAAGUUUUGGUUAAGCAGUGGAACUUGUUUAGGCUGGUACCGACAGUGUGGUAUUAUACCUUAUAGUAAAGAUGUGGAUAUUGGAAUAUGGAUCAAGGAUUAUAAAGAUGGUUUAACUGAAAUGUUUGAAGAUAAGGGAUUUCUUCUAAAACACUUGUUUGGUCGGUUAAAUGAUAGUUUUGAACUAUCAUAUCAACUAGGAGAAGUGAAGCUUGAUAUAUUUUUCUUCUAUGAAGAAAAUGACCAUGUAUGGAAUGGAGGAACUCAUGCUUGGACUGGUCAAAAAUACAAAUAUAUAUUUCCUAAAUUUACCUUGUGUUGGACAGAACUGUUAGAACUAAAAGUUCGGGUACCGUGUGAGACAGAAUUAUACAUCAUAGCAAACUAUGGACAUAACUGGCAUGUUCCAGUCAAAGAUUGGCAGUGGAAUAAAAGUCCUCCUAAUGUCAAAGAGAAUGGGAUGUGGCCAACUAAACUGUGGGAUACAUUGAUACAAGUCUAUGAUUGA